AAAAUAUUAAGAUAAUCUCUUUUUUUGUAUUUAUGGCUUCUAUAUUUCAAGAAAGAUCUUAUUCAGAGAAAGAUGCUGUUUUUUCUGGUUUAAAAUCUAUGAUGAUCUCUGGUUCUGUAGGAUUAAUGGUUUCUGCUGCUGAAAAUGCUAUAACGAAAAAUUCUUCUGAUAUUAGAAGUGUCUUAGUACGUAGUAGAAGCAUUAUUAUGACAUAUGCUGUUAUGGGAGGGUUAUUUUCAUUUACUGAGGCAUUUGUCUCAAAUCUUCGUAGAAAAGAUGAUCCGUUUAAUGCGUUUCUUGGGGGAGUUGUUUCUGGUUCAGUUGGAGCUAUAAGAGUAAGGUCUUUACCAGCAGUUGUAGGUUAUGGAAUGGGGCUAGGAUGUUUUAUGGGUCUUUUUGAUUGGUGCGGGGGUACUUUGACAGGGCUAUAUCAUGAUUUUUAUGGAGAAAAUUCGAAAAAAUUAAAAGAAACUCUUUUUAAAGUGCAAUAUAGACGGCCUAGGUCAGAAAUUGUUGAUGCUAUUGGUAGUGGGCGAGGUAUAUGA